AUCAAUAAUGUGUCCUAAUCGUAUUAUUUAUAAUCGCGCAUUUUUAAAAUCAUUACAACCUACUGCGUUGUGUCAUCCACAAAUAUUGAGAAAAAAGCAUCACUGUGGAUGGCAGCGUGCACUGAAACGUACACAAAUUAAUCAAAUGACUGUUCCUGAACUCGUUAGCACUAAUUGUAGAUCCCUGUCCAACAAAAUGGAUUAUCUUCAAUCCCUAAUGUAUUCUAAUGUUUAUCGAAAUGCUGGCGUUUUAGCAAUACAAGAGACCUGGCUGCACCAGCAUUAUGAUGAUAAUCUAGUUUCAAUAAAUGGAUACAAAGUUUUUCGCCAAGAUAGAAAAAGUUCUAAGAAAAAAAUGUGGAGGAGGGGUAGCCACUUUUAUAAACACAAGUAGGUCUACAUCAAAUCACGUUUGCUUCAAUUAUUCUAAUGACAAUAUAGACUGCAUAACCGUCAGGUGUCGCCCAAAACACUUAAGUAAAUAUUCUUAUAUAUACAUAACAAAUAAUUACAUAACAUCUAAUUGUAGCCUUUCAAAUAUAGUUACGUUUGCAGAUGAAUUUACUGAAUUUGCUGCUCCUGCAUUCGGAAACUCGUUGUCUAUAGUCUGUGGUGAUUUUAAUUCAUGUGAUCACAGCUUUCUUACUUCACUUGGUCAUGAGAAUCUAGUCAAGUUUAAUACACGUCUGGACAAAUCACUAGACCUGGUUUUCAUAAAUGAACGUGAUGUAUAUGAAACCCGAAGGAGAGCUCCUUUGUUAAACUCUGACCACUGCAUUAUUCGUAUUUUACCGAAAGUGUACGGCAAGUUACAACAAAAAAUUGUUUAGUCAUUUAACAAAGAAGAUACAUGAACGUUCAUAUUCCCAUGACAAUAUUCUAGCACUAAGAAGCAUGUUGUAUGAUACUAACUGGAAACUAUUUACUGACGAUAAGUUGGAUGCUACUGUCCCUGAUAUAACCGAUUAUCUGAAGUUUUGUUUGGAUAUUUGCUGUCCAUAUGAAACACUGUUUUCGAGAUUUGACAGAAUCUCUUCUUUGCAGCUGAAAAAACUUAGAAGACUAAAAGAGAAGUUGUAUAAGAAUUGUGAUAAUACUGGUCUCCGUAAAAUAAACACCCUUAUAAAUAUUGAAAUAGAAAGGUUGAACAGACUAUAUAAUGAAAAAUUUUUAUCAUGUAAAAAUCCUUCAAACAUUUGGAAACUUUUCAAUAAACUUACAAGUAAAAAACAAUUGUCUGUUGAUGCUUAUUCUGAUGUUAAUGCUUUAAACAAAUC